AUGUGCUCGUGCGUGCGCAUAAAAGAUGGGGAGUGGGAGCAGGAGGAAGUUUCCAGUAACAUGUCGCUCAUCUGCAGCCUUAACCUGCAGGGCCAGUCCACACUUCCACCUAUCAAGUUCACGAAACCCAGGAAGGUGGUGUUGGUCCUGGCCGGACGCUUCUCUGGACGCAAAGCUAUCAUUGUGAAGAACAUUGAUGAUGGCACAUCAGACUGUCCCUAUAGCCAUGCUCUGGUGGCUGGAAUCGACCGCUAUCCCCACAAAGUGACGGCUGCCCUGGGCAAGAAGAAAAUUGCCAAAAGGUCCAAGGUGAAGUCUUUUGUGAAGGUUUAUAACUACAGUCACCUCCUGCCCACAGGUGCUCUGUGGGUAUCCCCUGGACAAAACUGUCAUCAACAGGAUGUCUUUAGAGAGCCUGCUCAUAGACGUAAGGCCAGUAGGAAGACCAAGGUGAAGUUUGACGAGAGGUACAAGAUGGGCAAGAACAAAUGGUUCUUCCAGAGCUUCACUUGUCCUAAACACUCAAUUAAGUUGGAUUUGGCUGGGGGCAGGAUGGCUGCCACAGCCGGCCACAGAGGCGAUGGCAGUGAAUUAGUAGAAGAGUGCACGCGGAGGCUCCGGAACAGGAUGGACAGUGUUGCUGCGGCAGCUGUGCUGCCGCGGUAG